AUGUCGCAGAUUGAAGUUUGCUAUACCUCUCUUCCCCGGAUCCCUCCAUUCCGAAUAGAUGUAAACCCGACCCGAAAUGAUACUGCCAGUGGAGGACAUCGUCCAGGAGAGAAGCCAGGACCAAUAAUCCUAACAGGUUCCCAGACAAACAAUUCCUGCGAUGUAGCGGCUUUCCACAAAAAAUCAAUACCCGGUCACCCGAUUGUGUUCUUUAUGCCGGAAGACGGUAGUAUCAAUGAACAGGAUGGGGCCAUAAGAGAUGGUCCCGAAAACGGCGUCCUUUUCCGCAAUGGACCUUCUGUGGGCUUUUGGCCACGGCUGGCAAAGACGGCUCUUGAACAAUAG